UAUAAUAUGUAAAGUAUUUAAAUAGUUAAAAUACCGCCGUACGACUUUGGCUCACAAUGUCAUAGUAAAAAUAAAUCCCUAUUAUGUCCGAACCUCCGAUAUUUCAAAAAUUUGACGGCGGCGUUUACCUAAUUAUUAUAGAGUGAUCACGUUGAAACCCAAUACCCGUAGAUACACUCCUACAAACGAGCUGUACACCAACGAGAGCGCUAAAAAAAAAGACAUGCGCUAAACUCUUGACGACGGUGAGCAUCACUAUAGCCGGCGGACAGUAAUUUUGGACAUUCUACUUUUACGCGUGCUCAUAAGAAGUCUUGUCGGUAUAAGAAUAUAAUAUCGUCUCACGGCAUCUCAGAGAACAAUUAAUUUUGAUAAAACCUAAUUUGUUGCCCCUAUCUACACUAAUGGAUUUUGAUGAAUAUAGAAUGAGAGGAAAAAUAAUGAUAGACUAUAUAGCAGACUAUUUAGAAACUAUACGGGAAAGGCGUGUCUACCCGAACGUACAUCCAGGAUAUCUGAGAAACUUAACACCAGACUGUGCUCCCGUCGAACCAGAAUCGUGGGACCACAUAAUGGACGACGUCGAGAACAUCAUUAUGCCUGGGAUUACGCACUGGCAAUCACCUCAGAUGCACGCUUAUUUUCCCGCGCUGAAUUCGUUCCCGUCGCUGCUAGGUGAUAUGCUGGCGGACGCAAUCAACUGUCUAGGAUUCACAUGGGCCAGUAGCCCCGCUUGCACGGAAUUGGAAAUCUUAGUGAUGAACUGGCUAGGAAAGAUGAUCGGACUGCCCGAAGCGUUUUUACACACGCACAACGAGAGCAAAGGAGGAGGCGUCAUACAGACUACAUCAAGUGAAGCUACAUUUGUUUGCUUGUUAGCUGCCAGGACUCAGGCGAUCCGUCGGAUACAGGAGAUAAAUCCAGAACUAGAAGAUGUUGAAAUAAAUAGUAGACUAGUGGCUUACUGUUCAGAUCAGGCUCAUUCAUCAGUCGAAAAAGCUGGUCUCAUUGGGCUCGUUAAAAUGCGAUUUAUCGAAAGUGACGAUUCCUUAUCACUAAGGGGAGCUCAAGUUAUGGAAGCUAUCGCCACUGAUAAAAAACAAAACUUGAUACCGUUUUUUCUUUGUGCGACGUUGGGUACAACUGGCGCUUGUGCAUUUGACAAACUUGAAGAACUCGGACCUAUAUGCCAUGCGGAAGAUAUGUGGUUUCAUGUCGAUGCAGCUUAUGCGGGUACAGCGUUCAUAUGUCCGGAAUUUCGUCAUUGGCUAUCGGGUGUCGCAUACGCGGACUCAAUUGCGUUCAACCCAAGUAAAUGGAUGAUGGUUCAUUUUGAUUGCACAGCUAUGUGGGUCAAAAAUAGUGAAUGCCUUCAUCGUACUUUCAACGUCGAUCCAUUAUAUUUACAACAUGAAAAUUCGGGACUCGCUAUCGACUAUAUGCACUGGCAAAUACCAUUGAGUAAACGAUUUAGAGCGUUGAAACUGUGGUUUGUGAUUCGCUGUUUUGGAAUAAAAGGUCUUCAAAAACAUAUCAGAGGAGGUGUUCAGUUGGCAAACAAAUUUGAACUUCUUGUGUUGAAUGAUAAAAGAUUCGAAAUACCUGCAGCUAGACACUUAGGCUUGGUCGUUUUUCGUCUGCGUGGAGAAAAUCAUUUAACUGAAAGACUGUUAAAGCGCUUAAAUUCUAAAGGAAGAAUUCAUUGUGUUCCUGCAUCACUUAAAGGCAAAUAUGUUAUACGUUUCACUGUAACGUCACAAUAUACUACAAUUUCGGACAUCACAAGAGAUUGGGCUGAAAUUAAAGCGACGGCUACUGAGAUCAUCAACGACGAUAAAGCUGACACUACUUACAAUAAAUCAAAAGUUUCAUUGGCUGAUACACGGAAUUGGAAUAAUAACUUCGGUGCUAGUCUACUACUAGCAAAUUCACCUAUGUCACCUAAAGUAGUAAAUGGGAGCUUUGCCGCAUUGUUUGAUAACGGAGACGAUUGGUCACGGAAACUAUUGAGAAGUGAAAUGAAAGACAGCUCUUCAAUGAGAAGGAGAAUUCGCGGGAUUCUGAUGUCAGGAAAACAGUUUUCUUUGGAUUCACGUAUGGAUCUAGUUCAGGGAAUGGUUCCAACUGCAUCGAAGAAGGCAAUCAUGUCGGAGUGCACUACAAAUCCUUCGGAAGAAACUUCAGAAAAUAAGAACAUUGAGAGUGAUGAAAAAGAGAAGAACGGAGAACCAAAAAAUUCAAAAUCUCGUAUUUUUCGUCUUCCACAACAUGAAACCAAUCUAACUCCUUUGAUUGAAGGCAAUAACGCAGAUCUUAUAGAUUAGUAAAAUCACAAUAUUAUUGGUAAAUUUUUAAUUAUUUAUUUAUUUCUAGUUGCUAGUAUUUUUUUUUUUUGGAUAAAUAUCUUUCAAAAACACUUAUAUCUUUUUAAGAAUAAUAGUAUUUAAACAUAUUUUAGAAUAAUAGUAUUGUUCAUUGUACAAUACUGUACAUCUUAUUCCAUUUGUUACAAAUUACAUAUAAUAUUACACAUUUUUAAACUACUAUAUUAUUUAAAUUAGUGGCUAUCGAAUUAGAAGAGAAAUUUUGAAAUUGCUAUUUAACUGCUUUCAUUUCAAUUUUGCUACCUAGGUUUAUUUUUUGCUUAGGGUUUUUAGGUAUUAUGUAAUUUAAAAUCGAAAUGAUUUCAAAUAAAAUAAAAUAGAAAUUAUUUUUUUU